AAUUGAUUUAUUAUUACAUUACCAAAAAUAACAUUAAAAAUAUUAUCUAUUGAUUGGCUAUUAAUCGGAUUCGUUCUAUCGAAUAUUUCUAAUCGGAAUUUCCUCAGCGGAUAUUUCUAAUCGGAAAAUCCGAUGAAAGAGUAACAAACGGAUAUUUCCGAUUAGUCUUCAACGUUUUUUUUUCCGAUCACGUUUAUCGGAAAUAUCCGUUUGUUACUCUUACAUCGGAUUUUCCGAUUAGAUUAGGCCCGGAUUUUUCUCUGUGUAUUAAUUGAUUUGUAUUAAAAUUUGUAGGUUUAACGACAUUUACUGUUUAGCAAUGUCGUUCAUUGGAAUUGAAUUUACAGAUGAUAGUGGUGGUGGCAUUGCUCUUGUAAGCAAACAGUGGUUAACACCACGUAAACAGGAAGUGUUCUGGCCGCCUUAUAAGUUUCAAUCUCAAUAUGAUAAGGCUAUUAAAAAAGGCGUAGUUCCUGAGGAAGAUGGUUCUUGGAAAAUUUUUAAAAUUAAACGCUGUUUUUUUGAAACUGAUGAUUAUAGUAAAGCACAAAGUAAAAUCAAACAAGCACAGAUAACGUCUGAUUGUCAAAGUGAUGUUGACGAGGCUUUGCCAUUAAAAAGAACAAUCCAUAAACCGAAAAAAUUAAUAUACAGCAGCAGUGAUGAUGAGGACGAGGCUUUAUCUGAGAAGCAUAAACUUCCACCACCACCAAAGAUUGUCAGAUUAAAUGACAAGGCAAAUGACGAUGAAGCAUCACUUUCAUCAUCACAAACUUCAAAAAGUAUCCAACGAAGUGCAACAUCUGAUACACGGAGUUCUUUUAAUGGUGAUCCUCAAACACCUUACAGUCCAUCGCAUUCAACAAAUAUAUUCAGAUCAUCUUCGAAUAAACAAAGU